AUGAACGCCCUCAAGCUUCAGAAGCGCUUCCCAGAGCUGGACCAGGGCGCAAUCUUUUCGCUCCAGGAUGCAUUCAACCGACUCGAUGUCGAAGACCGAGGCUACCUGGACGAGUCCACCGCGAUCAAAGCUGCUCAGCAAUCCGAGCGCCAGCCCUACGAUGUGGUGCGCGCGGCAUUGAAGGACGUCGAGCUGGAUAGCUCUCGACGCGUGGAACUCGAAGACUACGUUGAUCUUGUUUCAAAGCUUCGCACCGCGCCUAGUGGCCGCGCCCCGGAUACCACCCCCGCCGCCGUGAUCCAAGGAGCUGGUGCCGGUACUGGAGCUUCCCGCCACGUCUCCAAGGGCAGUGUUGGCGGACGUAUCCAUGUUCAGGGCUCCUCUUCCAACGUCACACACACGAUCAACGAGGAUGAGCGAACCGAGUUCACUCGUCACAUCAAUGCCGUCUUGGCUGGCGAUGCGGAUCUCGGAGAUCUUUUGCCUUUCCCUACGGAUACUUUCGAGAUGUUCGACAAGUGCAAGGAUGGUUUGGUUCUCGCUAAGCUGAUUAACGACAGCGUGCCGGAUACUAUUGAUGAGCGUGUGUUGAACAAGGCCGGAAGAAAGAUUAAGCAGCUCAAUGCUUUCCACAUGACCGAGAACAACAACAUUGUCAUCAACUCUGCCAAGGGUAUUGGAUGCUCAGUUGUCAACAUUGGAAGUGGAGAUAUCAUUGAAGUGCGCGAGCAUCUUAUUCUGGGUCUGAUCUGGCAAAUUAUUCGCCGUGGUCUUCUCGGCAAGAUUGAUAUCAAGCUCCACCCCGAGCUGUACAGACUUCUGGACGAAGACGAGACACUCGAGCAGUUCCUGCGUUUGCCCCCAGAGCAGAUUCUUCUCCGCUGGUUCAACUACCACCUCAAGAACGCGAAGUGGGAUCGACGUGUGUCAAACUUCUCAACUGACGUCAAGGAUGGCGAGAACUACACUGUUCUCCUCAACCAAUUGGCACCUGAUGUCUGUUCCCGCGGUCCUCUGCAGACCCAAGACUUGCUCGCACGCGCCGAGCAGGUUCUUACCAACGCAGAUGCGCUUGAUUGCCGCAAGUUCUUGACCCCCACCUCACUGGUUGCCGGAAACCCCAAGCUGAACCUUGCGUUUGUGGCAAACCUGUUCAACACCCACCCUGGUCUCGACCCUAUCACCGAAGAGGAGAAGCUCGAGGUCGAGGACUUUGAUGCCGAAGGUGAGCGUGAGGCCCGAGUCUUCACUCUGUGGUUGAACUCUCUGGAUGUUCAGCCCGCGGUCAACUCGCUCUUCGACGAUCUUCGCGACGGCUACAUUCUGCUUCAAGCUUACGACAAGGUCAUCCCCGGCAGUGUCAACUGGAAACACGCCAACAAGCCACCAGCCUCUGGUGGUGAACUGAUGCGAUUCAAGGCCGUUGAAAACACCAACUACUCGAUCGAGCUCGGCAAAUUCAAUGGAUUCUCGCUCGUCGGUGUUCAGGGCGCGGAUAUCACUGAUGGCCAGCGCACUCUUACUCUGGGACUGGUGUGGCAACUCAUGCGCCGCGACAUCACGAACACUCUCUCUGCGCUCGCCCAACGACUCGGCAAGCGCGAGAUCACCGACACUGAGAUGAUCAAGUGGGCCAACGACAUGUCCAAGACUGGCGGAAGAUCCUCCACGAUACGCAGCUUCAAGGACAAGUCCAUUGGAUCCGGUAUUCCCCUUUUGGAUGUGCUUUGUGGUAUGAAGAGCAGCUACGUGGACUACGAUCUGGUUACUCCUGGCCGAACCGACGAGGAGGCAUACGCCAACGCCAAGCUUUCCAUCAGUAUCGCCAGAAAGAUGGGUGCCACCAUCUGGUUGGUUCCAGAGGAUAUCUGCCAGGUCCGCUCCCGUUUGGUCACCACGUUCAUCGGUUCUCUUAUGGCUACUCACGAGAAGAUGUAA